AUGUUCCGACGACUAGUCCCGCGACCCCGGCUGUGGCCGUCCUGCAGACGCCUCAGCUCACACAGGGAGUACCUCAACUACGAAAUUGACAAGGUCAACAACCCGAUCCGUGUCCCGAGAGACCAGCUUGCAGAACGAAUGGCCAAGAUCCCGCUGAAAAACUACAGGAACUUCAUCAUUGUGGCCCAUGUCGACCACGGAAAGUCCACCCUGAGCGACCGGUUGCUCGAGCUGACCGGCGUCGUUGAACCGGGCCAGCACAACAAACAGAUUCUCGAUAAACUUGACGUGGAAAAGGAAAGAGGCAUCACCGUCAAAGCCCAGACCGUGUCGAUGAUGUACCAUUACAAGGGCGAGGACUACCUGUUCCACCUGGUGGACUCGCCGGGCCACGUGGACUUCCGCCUGGAGGUGUCGCGGUCGUACGCGUCGUGCCAGGGCGCGCUGCUACUCGUCGACGCGUCCGAGGGAAUCAAGGCGCAGACCGUCGCCAACUUCUACCUCGCGUACUCGAUGGACCUGCGGCUCCUGCCGGUCAUCAACAAGAUCGACCUCGACACCGCCAACGUGGCGCGCGCCGAGGAGCAGAUCGCCGCCGCCUUCGAGCUACCGGCACGUGACAUCGUGCACGUGAGCGCAAAGACGGGCCAGAACGUCGAGUAUCUGCUGCCGGCGAUCAUCGAGAAGAUAGCACCGCCCGUGCACUGUCGUCCAGACGCGCCGCUGCGCGCGCAGAUCGUCGAUUCGUGGUACGACCCGUACGUCGGGGUCAUCCUUCUCGUGAACAUGGUGGACGGUGUUAUCAGGAAAGGCACCCGGAUAGAGAGCUGUCGCACGAGAGAAAAGUACGAGGUCAAGGAAGUCGGCAUCAUGUAUCCCGAGCGCACGCCUAUGCCGCAGCUGGUCGCGGGUCAGGUUGCGUACGUGAUUCCCGGGUUCAAGGAUCCGAACGACGCGUUUGUCGGCGACACGCUUAUCCUGGCAAACUCUGGCGCAGAGCCGUUGGAGGGCUUUGAGGAGCCGAAGCCGAUGGUGUUCGUGGGCGCGUUCCCGGCAGAAGGGUCGGAUUUCAAGAAGAUGGAGGAGAGUCUGCAGCAUCUUUUCCUGAACGACCGGUCGGUGACGAUCCAGCGGGCCACGUCGAACGCGCUGGGGCAGGGCUGGCGGCUCGGGUUUCUUGGGUCGCUACAUGCGUCGAUUUUCAAGGAGCGGCUCGAAAAAGAGCACGGCAAGAAUCUCAUUAUUACGUCGCCAACGGUGCCGUACAAGGUGCACUACACAGACGGCACGGAGCAGAUCGUGAGCAACCCGGACGAGUUCCCGGACGGCACGCAGAAACAGAAGAUCCGGUACUUCAGCGAGCCGUACGUGGAGGCCCUGAUGACGUUUCCGAGCGAGUACACGGGCACGGUGAUGACGCUGUGCGACAACAACCGCGGCGAGCAGGUGGACAUGCAGUACUUGUCGAACGGGCAGGCGUUGGUCAAGUAUCUGCUGCCGACGUCGCAGCUGAUCGACGAUUUCUUCGGGAAGCUCAAGAGCGCGACGCGGGGCUACGCGUCGCUCGACUACGAGGACCAUGGGUACCGGCCCUCCGACAUCCACAAGCUGGAGCUGCUAGUAAACGGCGACGGCGUCGACGCGCUGUCGAUGGUGCUGCAUAAGAGCCAGCUCGAAAAGACCGCGCGGCGAGCGGUGCAGCGGCUCAAGGAGUUUCUGCGGAUCCAGCAGUUCGAGGUGAUUAUCCAGGCCAAGGCCAACAACCGCAUUAUUGCCAGAGAAACCAUCAAGGCGCGCCGCAAGGACGUGCUGGCGAAACUGCACGCGGCAGACAUCUCGCGGCGCAAAAAGCUGCUGGCCAAACAGAAAGAGGGCAAGAAACACCUCAAGGCCGUGGGCCAGGUCCGCAUCUCGUCGGACGCGUACCAGUCGUUCCUGCGCAAGGACUGA